AUGUUAACAGAGCAGGUCCCGCCCGGUGCCAAGAAACCAGUAGUACAGCUGCUGACGCUGCCGACCUCUCCCAGUUUCCAGCCGCACAGAUCCCUGAGGCCCUUCACGGUUUACACGCUGGAGCAGAUCAGACAGCACUGCAGGAGUCUGAGCCCAACCAACCGCUUCAUGUACCAACUGUCCAGCAUCAGCCGCAAGAGAGAGCAGCUCCAAAAGAGUUACGAGGGACUCAACCAGAACCAGCCUGAUCGUGUGGUGGAGGUGGCAGACUACAGCCUGUACUCGGUCUCUCGUAGCUGCGGAGGGAGCCACACGGUGACUUCCUUUAACCAGAGGCAGCGCAGCUCCGUGCAGCACAGCUCUCAGCAGAGCCGCCUGCUGGCCCAGCUCGACGACACCCUCGGACAGUCCGAGGAGGUGGACAUUGUGGGACUGGACGGUCACAUUUACAAAGGACGCCUGAACGCAUCGCCGAGCAAAAACGCGGAAACCAAACUCCCGACCAUCGCCUCCAGAGACGGAUCCUCCAGGAGCAGGAGCCGACCCCGGAGCUCCCCUUCCCCCAGAGACAGUGCGCCGAGCUCGGGUCUGCGGCGCCCCAGCCCCCCCUCAGGAUGUUGUAGUUCUGGUCGGGACUGGCCGGUGUCUCCUCUGGGCUGCGCCUCUCAGAGCUCCCUCGUCCCGAUGUCGGUGAACGCAGCCGAGAGCUCCACGUAAAACUCCACGAAAAACUCCACGAAAAACUCCACGAAAAACUCCACGAAAAACUCCACGAAAAACUCCACGAAAAACUCCACGAAAAACUCCACGAAAAACUCCACGAAAAACUCAGAAACCCAGAAACACACACAGUGAAAUCA